GUACAUUUCACCCCCGGAUUCAUUUGCUGGAGAGACGCUCACAGUAUAAGACACCGAUGAAUCGGCUCCUUAAUACGGAGGUAAGAAACCAACCUCGUACAGUGAUGAUUCCCUGUUUAUUUUGAGACAUUCUGAAUUCUAAAGUUAUGGGUGCCAUAAAUACUGGACAUUCUCUUGGAUAAUAUAGAAGGCAGCUUGAAAAUGAAAGGCACCAUAACCACUUCAGUCCCAUGGUGUCAUCUUAACGUACAGCGAUAAACUGAUUUUGAAUGAUUUAACACAGAAUGAGGGAUCCCAGCCACCUGCACUAAGCGUAGAACAGGGUAACAAUCCAUUUUUUUCCAUGAUAUUUCACCACUUUUGAGACUUUUUUAUUAAUAAUCCACAUUAGUAGGAAUAAUUGUAUGGUUUCUAAAGAUGAAAUAAGCAAAACUUCCAUCAUUAGUUUCAUAAUAUUUUCAUGGGGACUAUAGUGUUUAUAUUUAACUUGUAGGAAUUCAAAUCCAGAGAGAUCUUAGGAGAGACAGGGAGCUGUGGUUAUAAAGUGGACAAAACAGGAUUUGGCAGUUCUAUUAACAAGUUAACUAAAUAAAAAGCAAAAAUAGGAUUUAUGGCAGAAUGGAGAGGCUGAGAGAAAGGCGGGUAAAGACAUUCAGAAAGAGACAGGUAGGGACAAGAAAAGACAGACAGAAUGAGAGAUAGAGAGAGAGACAGAGACAGACAGAGAGACAGAGAGACAGAGAGAGACACAGAGAGAGAGACAGAGACAGACAGAGAAACAGAGAGAGAGAGAGACACAGAGAGAGAGAGACACAGAGAGAGAGACACACAGAGAGAGAGACAGAGACAGAGAGAGAGACAGAGAGAGAGACAGAGAGAGAGACAGAGAGAGAGAGAUGACAAAUAACAGCAAACUGUGUAUUAUAGAAAUAUAAUAGCACCACAGGGGCCCUAUAGACAUUAUAAACAGCAAGGCACAGAACAUAUAGCUGCAUGGUUUUAUUUUUUCAAUAUAUUAUUUUUAGUUAGAUUUUAUUUUGUCAAGGCAGCUAGGGUGCCAGAGAUUAUUUGUUAUCUGCCAUUACAUCUGCUGUGGAUUCCAACUCCCAGAAAGCUCAGUCAAUCAAACAUUGAUUUUUAUCUAGGAAGCGGUUUCAUAGUUUGCCCUUUUUAUUUUUAUGUUCUGGAGCCAAUAAACUGCCACAUGACACUUUGAUGCAUUUAAUUAUUCUCUCUCAGUGUAUCAGUUCCAUUCACUUUCGGUUUUAAUUGUUCAUUUAACCUUCGCUUCACUUGACAGAUUCAGAACUUGGAAAAUGGCAAACCCUCGCCAAGUCUUACAGUGUUCGGAAUUUUCAGCCCAGUGGAUAAAAAGUAAUGAGAGAGAAACAGACACCAAUUCUUCAGGAGUAAGUUAUUUCUGAUGUAAAAUGUAGAAUAAACUGUUUGUUACUAUUACAGCAACUCUGAUAACAAAAUCUACAGAGACAAAGAGUUCGGAAUAAUUAUUGAUCUAAUCGUAAACCCCUUUCCUCUGGUCUAGGAGAAAUCUCAUUUUUUCAAGGGCCGAUGUCAAAUGUCCUGAUAGAUAUAAAUUGAUGACACUUUAAAUAUCAGCUUGAAACCCACAGAUUGCAAACCACAGCCUGUAUGAAAUAUUAGUGCAUAUUUAGACAUUGACCCCUUAAGGACGGAGGCAAUAAUAUACGUUCUGAUCAAAACAAAACGUAACAAAACCUGGAAUUUGCGCUAUAUGUCUGUUUAACCACAAUUCACCCACACUUAUUAUAUAUACACUUUUGUUCAAAAAAAUUGUUUUCGUUCUGUGCGGCAUUUUAACAGUGAAUAUCAUAAAAAAUGUAACGUGCUAUAUUUGACCUUGUAACUUUCCAAAAUUAUUGAGAGAAGCUUUUAGCUGUUUGGUUUUACUGUAAUAAAAUACACAUCUUUGUAUUCAGCGAAGUCUCACGAGUCCAAUAGCACCCCCCCCCCCCCACGAACAGCUUUUUGGGGGUUUUGGGUCAAAUGUAGCACAUUCCAUUUUUCAGUUUAUACACCUAAAAAUUUGCCAGAUUGGUUAUGUUGCCUUUGAGACCGUAUGGUAGCCCAGGAAUGAGAAUUGCCCCCAUGAUGGCAUACCAUCUGCAAAAGUAGACAACCCAAGGUAUUGCAAGUGGGGUAUUUCCAGUCUUUUUUAGUAGCCACUUAGUUACAAGCACUCGCUAAAGUUAGCAUUCAUAUUUGUUUUUGUGUGAAAGUCUCCAACGUACAUCGGGAGUGCUACCGUACUUCUCUCACAUUAGUCUUAUUAGGCACCUUAUUGAAUUAUUGAAUAGUUAACAUGGUGAUGGAAAGCUGGUAGCCUAUAUUUUAUACUUUUUGAUUUUAUAUCAUUUUUGUUGCCGGUCCCGUCGUGUUCAGUUUGUUAUUACUGCACCAUAGUAGCCAGGAACUAGAGACUAGUGGGAAAGAGAGGCAGGUUUGGAGGUGCCCUCAAAGGCACGUUUAGACGGUGUAGACAUUUAUCACUCGGCCAGUUCAACAAUUUUCCACCUCCUUCCAUAGCUAAUACACUCCUGUUCAGGCUAUUACACUGAUUUAGACUUACCUUUUUACGUCUAUUUCUUAGUUUACAGCUGUAAUAUAAGAGCAGACUGAGAGCUCCAAUGUAACUGUUACAAGUUAGUGGUUACAUUAAGGGCAACCUCGAUACCAGCACCACCUUGUGACGAGAGUGCCAACUGUGGCAAACUUAGCCACUAAGGACUUGAAAAGGACUUUCAUUACUUUGGACUGUGUUCGGGACUUUUAAAAUGGCUGUAUCGCCUAUUGUUAGGCUAUGAGAACUAGGCAAUAGGUUCACAAAUAAUAUCCACAGUCCUGUUCAGGGAACUGACUAAAUACCAAAUGAGAGACCACACUGAUGAGGUCGUGUGUCUCUCAUUAACAAGGUGCAACAAUGUUGCAAGUGCUGUUAAUAGGUUUUCGGUAAAAGUUCAGCGGUGUUUGAUCGUCGAGUGCGUGGAACUGAAAUCGGCUACUUGAUUUCAAAACACUGCUGGACUUCCAGAGCAUUUGGGAGAUCCACUCUUUCGGUAGAUUGGAGCUGUGACAGACCCAUCUGUAUGACUAUUAAUUGUGGAGUCGUCUAGUUUGCCUUCCUUUCUUGGAAAUUGCCUGUUUCUAUAGCCCCAUGCGUAUGACUGACUUUUUGCCGAAUAAAUCUACCGAACGGACGGCCACCCAGAAUAGAAGUGUGCUGCUGGUUAACCUCUUGAUCCCAAUUAGAACGUUGUGGUUAACCGCAGACACUUCUUAAUUAUAACCGAAUACAGGGUGGUCGUCGUUCGCAUGUCGACCACGAGGCAGCGGCCAUUUUAAAUCACGCGAAAGACCAACAGUGUUCGGCAUUGAUUCCAUGGAACUAAAAACUGACACUUUUUCUGCCGAACAUCGCUGAAACUACAGAUCACCCUUUUCAGUCGACGAAAGCAUGCGAACACCGGCCGUUCGGGAGUUUUGGAUUACACGAAGAGACUUAACCCAGAUAGCCUUCCCAUGGAGUCAAUCGCAUACCGAAAGACUGUAAGGACUUUGACUGUAUGGCGAUUGAACUAUGCAUAUGUCAUGGAGUAACACUUCAGGGUUUGGCACUCAGCUGUGAGAAGCCGGACCCCGCCCCCCUCUGACACAGCUCUGACGGUAUUAAGGGAGACUGGGCCAGAGAGAGGGGGCUUGGUGAUGGUGUGUGAGCUGCCUCCGUGAGACCGCGGGCUCCACAGGCUCAGCUACUGGGAGCCACUUCCACCAGACUUACCUCUCCACAAGCUCAGACAAGCCGUUCCAGCCUUUGAGCCAAUGCAAGGAUUGCCGCAUGCCAUAAAGGAUUACUGGAGAACGGAUACUUUGCUACUUUACAAGUGGACCAUAUCUCUGAACUAUUGGAGGACUACACAUAUUAACCUUAAGUAUAUCUUUCAGCUAUUUGUCUACAAUAUCAUUUAAUAAUGAACUAAUGCUUGCUUACUCAAAUCUUCACUGCUUCAAGCUACUAAUUAUAUGGAGGACAACUCCCAUCAGGCUUAUUCACUAUAAACUGUCCUUGCUUUGCAAAUAUUCUUAGCUACUUGAUUAUUGUUCCUAUUGAAGAUUAUUCUCAUGAACUUAAAGAAUGUUACUUAAUGCAUCUCUGAGGAAAUACUUAAUAAUGUUCUUUGUGUUGUUGAUUACUUGCACUUCUUCUUAUUGGAUUUUUGCCUAAAUGCAAUUCAUUUAAGUUUAACACUUAUUAAAACUUCGGUUGAAUCAAGUUACCAGCGAUUCUGUCUUUUCUUAAAGCUACAGUAUUGAUACUUUAAAGAUUCUCCGUUUCUUCACUAUUGUAAUUAGGGAGUUUUACAAGCUGCAGUUGAGUUCCAAUCCAAAUCACCCAAGUAGUGUAACAGCGUAUGGGAUCUGAGCGCUAUUCGCUAAUAAUAUGCCCUCAGAUCCAGGCUAUCUGGGGAUAUGUUAUACGAAUGUAAAAUGUUCGGUAGUUGUGGAAUUAUUUAUUUUCAAGUGUUUUAUGGUGUUUUACUUAAAAUGGCGAUUUGUCUUUGUCCUGGAGAUAAUUGAAUUACUUCUCAAUUAUCUCCAGGGCAGAGGGGAGGGAACCAUGAUGCAUGAUGGGAAUCUUUUGUGCCUGUGUGUCUGGAAUAGCCAUAUGUCUGUCUGUCAUUACAGUCUCCCAUUUGUUCCCCUAGGGGAGUGUCCACCAAGUGGGAGACCUGCAUAAAUACGGGCGGGUAGCCCACAGUAAAGCGAGUUCUUGUUUUACCCUCAAUGCGGGGCUUGGUCUCGUUAUUGGGGGGAUUAAUUACCGACAAAUAGAGACUGAUUGCUGGAGACGAAAGCCGCUUGGUGGAUAUACUUGUUUGGCGGCUAGCAACGAUUCGUGGAUUAUUGUUCAGGAGUUUGGAGCACUCUUACGGAUCCCGUUCGGGAGAUUGCCGCUUUCCCCUGAUUGUGGUUCGUAUGCUGAAGUAUAUACGAACAGAGAUAGCGAGAUUGCGAAGGGGGAAGCUUAACUAAAUGGCAGUUUCACUCAUAGGCAUCUCCUUUUUCAGUAUCAGUAUACCCAAAAAAGUAAUUCAUGUGGUAAUUCGGUUCUGCUUACCGAAUGGGAAGGUAAGGUGGCUGGCGGCUCAGAAUUACUUUUUUGUUCGUUACAUGUGGCAUUCGGUUAUUUCUGCAGGGAUCUGAGUGGUAAUUUGUGAGAUUGUACCCUCAGAUCCCUGCAGUCUAAUGAGGGGUCAAUCGUGGAAAUCUGUAAGAAAUUGCCUAAGUAAUAGAUUUGUAUGUAAAAUACUGUAUUUUCCUGUAACCACUGUUAAUCCAAUUAUCUGUACUUGCUGAUGUCAUCAUUGUCCCUGUACAGCAGGGGAUGCUGGGAAACGACCCUGCAUGGCCAGUUUCCCACACAGUCCACCUGAUUAAAACCCCUGCUGUCCCAGUCUGGAAACCCCGUACAGUGAAAAGCAUAUAAAUGUGGUGAUGUUUCAAUAAAGCCCUCAGUUGACUCCCAGACUAUGUGUCAUCUAGUCAUUGGGAAAGGGGAUUAUACUACGCUACCUGUCUUCUGUAUGCUGAAUCCUGGUUACCAGCGGAGAGAUCGUGCAUUAACCCUUGCUACUCCGCUACACCAACACAUAUAGAUUUAUACUGUGACGAGACCAAUCUCGCCAUAUUGCAUUGGAGAAGUCGGGUUGCUCGCCUGUUGCCUUGGGAUUAUGGCCCCAUGUUAAAAGGCUUGAUUUUCCCCUGCAAAGCCGGGUCAUUUGGUGCUUGCCCUGUUUGAGCGGUGAUACCCCAGAUAGCUAUGCCAUGGAGCCCAUUCGUAUAAUGAAAGACUAUGGGAAAGACUUUGGCUCCAUGGCAAUUGAACUGUAUGUGUGUGCACUGAGCGCCAUUCAGUAAUAAUGUGCGCUUAGACCUAAGCUGUCUGGGCAUAUAUUGCAUGUCUGUAUUUUAUGUCAUAAAUGUAACCUUGUGUAUUUUAUUGUAUUUUACGGUCUUUUUGCUGCCAUGUGUUCAAUGGAGUUUUGCCUCUGUCUUUGGAAAUAAUUGGAUUACUUCUAAUUAUCUCCAGGAUAGAAGACUCUGUGGAACUGGUUUUGGGCAGAAAAGCCAUGCUUCCUGUGGUCACAAAGGACUACGAUCUAUCUUUUGAACCACUGGACCAAUUUGCAUGAUUUUGACGUAUGUUUGUAUUUGGAGUAUGCUGAUUCUGAAAAUGUAAGUUUUAUGUGAUGCAUACUUUUCAAGUUAUGAAUAAUGUGGAAAAAUUGUAUUUCUCUGCUUGUGAUAAUUACAUUACCCAUUGUGUAAGGUAAUUGUAUCACAGGCAGAGGGGAGGAUUUUGUGUGGGAGUGUCUGAGUGUAUUGUAUGUGUUUAUUGGUUGUGUUCCAAAACCCUGUGGGUGGUACUAAUGUGUAAGAAUGUGUACAUAAGAACAAUAAACCCACAGCUCUGUCUGUUCACUGCUUGACCCUCAACACGGAGCUUUGUCUCGUCUUUGGGGGGAUUUACUGAAUGCUGAUAGAGACUGAUUGCUAGGAGUGUAAGCUGAUUGGAUGCUUUUCCUAUUCGUCUGCUAGCAGCUAUUCGUAUGGUUCCUGUUCAUGUGUUUGGAGUGCUAUAUUGGAUGCCGUUCGGGAUUUUGGAGCAUUCACUUAUUGGCGGUUCGUGAGUUUGGUGUUCUACAAUAGCUGUGCCUGCAUCUCUGGAAAGGGGGACGAUCGCCUAAAUAGUUUUUACCCCUUGUGUGCAAAACGGUCCGUUACAUAUACAUUAAUGGUCUUAUUGGUAACUGUCUGUUACAACAGUUGUUCUUUCAGCUGCUGCAUCUUAGAUAAAUAUAGCCGGCGAUUUUAUUGCAUUCUUUUGUAUAUUUGGUAUAUUAGUCACUUAGUUGGAGACUUUUAUAUUUGGCUCUAAUAGAAGUUAUGUUUACUAAUUACAUGUAAGGUCUGAGAUGGAGAUUUCAGUUUAUCUGUUUGGGAGGAUCCACCACAUUGGUUGUUACAAUUAACCGGUAGCACCUCCACUGUUUGUUUAAAUUAUUAUUUCAUGAUUUAGGGCAGGGCUUGACAAAUUUGAAAUCUAGGAGCCCACUAAAAAAGUUAGGAGCCAGAUUUUUUGAUGUGAAAAGUACAAUUAUUAAAGGGACACUAUAGCUUAAUGUAGAUGUUCUGAAGUCUAUAUUCUGUCCAUGCACGCUUUUCAAUGUAAACACUGACGUUUCAGACUAAAGGCAGGGUAGGGUUUACAUUGCUGUCUGGAAAAACCUCUAGUGACAGUCACUCAGACGGUCUCUAUACGUGCUUCCCGGGUCAGUUCUGCUUAGUGUGCAGCACCUACAUAAAUGCUUUCCAUAAGGAUUCUGCGAAUGCAAAAUAGUCUCCAAAUGUUUUUCUAUGGGGAAACAUUGGAUUGCCUGCGAUCAUCAAGAUUGAUAAUCUCAGCCAUGGAGGUGGGGCCAGCCGCGGUGUCACCAGCACAGCAUGGGAAAAAGGGUGAGUAAAAACACCUUUCCCAAGUGAUUGGAGGGGGGCAGGUCACGUAAAAAUAUACACACACUCACAGACAGACAGUCACACACACACUCACAGAAAGACACACUCACAGACAGACACACACACACAGACACACACACACUCUACUAUUUUAAAUCCACCCAGCCAUCCUACCUUUGGGAAAGCUGGAGUGGAUUAACUUUCCCAGGCAGCCAGUGGGGCUGUUGUCAUCUCUCUGUUCUGCUCUCUAGAGCGUUGUUUAGUGCUGUGGGGCCAGAAUUACAUCAUAUUCCCUCCCGGCAUCACUGGAGGGCGCGCAAGGGAGCAGAGCAGGGAGAAUACAGCUCCCUUGCAGCCUCCCUCAUCCAGUAGCCCUCCUACCUCAGUUCUUAAUGAGCCAUAUGUCCACCUGCCUGCCCAUCUCAGCCCUGCGUGAGCCGACUGCCCAACUCCAAUCUCGGGCAGCCGGUCACCUCAGGGGCUGAACAGACUCCCAGGGUGCCUGGGAUUUGUUAAGCCCUGAUUAGGGGUUAGGGGUUAUAAAAUGGAAAAAGAGAGGGCACACUCUUCAUACAUAAAGCUUUUCAGCAAACUAAAGUUGUUUAGGGGUCUGGAAUGCCCCUUUAAUAUUAUUAAAAUGAAUUGUAUUUAAAUUACUCUGAACCAAUAUUCAAUAUGAAAAAUACACACAGUGAAGAAUCAGUGAAAUCAGGUAUCAAAGGGCGAUUUCUGCAAACUACCUGUCUUUGAAAAGUUAUAGCUAUUAGACCACAUAGUAUACAAUGAAUUGCUUCUAUUUAAGUAUUUACUGUGCUACAAAGUAUGAAGGUACUGUUUCUCUAUUAGCAGCAAAAUGUUCGCUUCAUUGUAACCAAGCUCACAGCUCAUUAAUGAUAAGAAUAAAACUGAAACGGAAUGCAAUAAGACUGAGAAGAAGGAAUUCUCUUCCCCUCUGAGUUCUAAUUCCCUUUAAUACUCAUUGACUCCAUGUAGUUCACAUACUGUACAUUGAAAAUAAGGGAGCCCUAUUUCCCCAUAAAAACAAAGGGUUCAAAAUAGCUCUAAAAGCAAAAAUAACACCUAAAGGUACACUUUACCUGCCCAGAUACAAAAUUAUUUAAAAAUAAAUCAACUGUUUAGUAGAAAUAUAUCAAAUUAAAAACAUGUAUGCAUUUAAUUAUGCAAUUUUUCAUUGGGGCUAAUCUAAAAACAGCUUGGAGAAGCUGCAGAUCUCUUGUCUGCAAUCCCACCCCUUCUAUUCACUCCCAGUCUUUCCGUGGCUGUCCAAUCACAGACUUCCCAAUGAAGCUCAAUAAGAAGUCUUUGCAAGGCAGGUGCUCUGGGGAAUUGCUGCCUCUUGAGUUUAUCUGCACUGAGCUAAACAACCAGGAAGUAACAGGACCGGCUAUCUGAUUGACAGCGAGGGGGGUGUAAACAGGUUCAUUUAGAAAUGUGCCAAUUUCUAUUGAAAUCUGCACUUUUUGUAAAAUAGAAAAAAGAGGCCACACUUUUCACAUAUAAAGCAUACCAAGAAGCUAAAGUGCUCUAGGUGUUUGGAGUGUCCUUUUAAGCCCUGUCUCACGUUUAGGCUAACUGACUUUUGUGUCUUUUUCAUAUUAAAGAUUAGUUACAUUUAUUGGGGGGCGUGUCCUGGACGCCGGCAAAAGCGGUCGCAUGUAGCAGGAGCUCCGAGCUGCUACGGCCUAACCACAAAAGCACAGCAGUGACAAGCUACAGGGACACGGCAGACUACAAGAUGUCCCAACCCAAACAGCGUCGCCAGACAGAGAGGGGCGAUAAAACCAAUUUUUUUGGCGUGAAAUCGAGCCAAACCCGGGGCCAGGCGCACCACGAGGAAACCCAAGAUGGCGGGGAGGAGGAUGCCAUAACGGCCCAGGAGGCCGGAUCUGCAGACCCACCUGUCACCAAAGGGAUCCUACAAUCCCUCCUAAACUCGAUGGCUGACAAGCUGCAGGCUUCAUUCCACAGCUCCAUAACAGACCUCAGAUCAGAUAUCAAGGAAUUGGGGGAGAGGACGUCCACGAUGGAAAACAAGAUGGCGGAACACGAAGAGGCCUACAACGAUAUGGCGACAGAGCUGGAUGGCCUUAAAACCCGUAUUGCGGCCCAGGAGGAAAAAAUUGCGGAUAUGGAGGAUAGGGGACGGCGUAAUAACCUCCGCAUCAGGGGCAUAGCAGAGAGUGUCGGCCCGACCCAUCUCCAGGCCUACCUCACAGACAUGUUCAAGGCCCUCCCCCCAGAGGUGCCGCAUGACAUGUUCCUGAUGGACCGGGCACACAGAGUCCCGAAGCCGGCUUUUCUGCCUGCAGAUGCACCCAGAGACACUCUAAUUCGUCUCCACUAUUUCCACAUUAAAGAGGAAAUCAUGAGGGCGAACCGAACGAGGAACAAAAGAGACGCCGACCCAGCCUACCAGCACAUCCACAUCUAUGCUGAUAUAUCGGCGUUCACGCUGAAACGAAGAAAAGAAUUCUCCGCCAUAACAACUCAUCUUCGCCAACUACACAUGCCGUAUAGGUGGGGCUAUCCGGUCAAAUUGGUGGUACAGAGGAACGGAAAGCCUACUAUCCUGCAUUCCCCAGAAGAAGGAACGAAGGUCCUCCAAAGCUGGGGCAUUGAAGUGCAAGCUAAAGGGCGAGAGACUCAGAGACUUACUCCAUCAUGGAGGAAGGCCAAGCCCUAAUUUGUCCCUGUGAGGAGGUGCUGAGACUGUAAACGCUCAUCCUGACCAGGCCUGUAUCAAGGGUAUACUAAUGUAACAUGGGGCAACAACUGUUAUGAACAAGAGAGAUGCAUAUUGAUGGGGGACGGGAAGACUGGGGGCUGGGGAUGGAGGUGGGGGGACCGCACAAACUGGGAUCUGACCCCCACAUGCCCGAUAAGGACCCACGGCACACGAGGUGAGAGAGUUACAGCCCUAGAGGAGGGUGAAGGGCCACUUAGAGACGCUGAUUUAUUUACUGCAGGCGAGUGGGUGAGUGGGCAAGUGGGCUUCCCCCUCUCCCAUCCCCCCCCCCAGGGUCUCUUUAAUGCUGUAUAAAAAAAAAAAAAUAAUAAUAAUAUUAUUAUUAUUAUUAUACGGUUGCCACGGCACCACCUAAACACAGGGUACACGCAAAUUUCGGAACAUGCUGGAAUAUAGGUGUCUAGUGUAGCGGAGGAGACACCUCUGCGGGUGCCAGACUACCCUCCCAGAGCAAACUGAAUGCCACAUACACCCUACUAUCACACCCUACAGGCCUUCCAGUCAGACGCAGUCACAGACCUCCCAUACGCACUACACAUCAUUAGGUCACUGCAACCUUACAUGGUCAAGAUAAAGGCCAAAGCCGCUGAACUGCAGCCAGGACGGAAGCCGUAAGCUUCCACCCCCAAAGCACCGCACACAGGUGCACAGCCGGACACCCGGCACGUCAGGAGCCAUUCCUUUUAUCUUAUGUUGUUAUUAUUACUGUUUAUAUGUUUAUAUCUGUUAUGUCUGAGGUUCACGUAAAGCACUCCCGAGGGCAACAGAAUCCACUGAUUGAUGACGGGGUUCUGAGAUCACCACCACCCAAGUGGAAACAUGCGUUAACACAACUAGAGGUACAGAGGGGGAACCCCCUGGGUUCGAGAGAACUGGGACAACAGGGGACCCCCGCUUAUAGACUACUUACACAAGACCACACACAAGACCAGGACCACCUACCACCGUGAAAGUAUACUCACACAAUGUCAGAGGACUAAAUAUCCCAGUUAAACGACACCUCCUCUAUAGGGAAAUACAACAUAAAGACAUAGGCGUGCUCUGUUUACAGGAGACACACUUCAGGACGGGAUCACACCCCACCAUCUUACAAAAAGAAUUCCCGAUACAAUUCCAUGCAACCACAACAAACAAAACGAAAGGUACGUCGAUUCUAAUUAGCAAAAACGUUGCGUACAUUCCCCACUCGCAACACAUCGAUCCAGACGGCAGAUUUGUUAUCAUAGUAGGCACAAUUAACGACAUUCAGUACACUAUAGCUAAUAUCUACGCCCCGAACACAAAUCAAAGAAAUUUUCUCCACAAAAUCAUACUAAAACUACAACAUAUCCAACAAGGCACUACCAUAAUAUGUGGAGACUUUAAUCAUGUGUUUGACCCUACAAUCGACACUACUCUGGCCGCAUCAAAAGCACGGACUGCCCCACUCAAAAAACAAAGUAGAGCACUGAGACACCUUCUCCACCGCCAUCAUCUAUAUGAUGUGUGGAGAGCCCAUCAUGUGGGUGAGAGGGGAUAUACGUUUUUUUCCGCAGCACACAACACCUACUCCCGCAUAGAUGGGUUUCUCAUCUCGGGAGCAGCCAUGUCACAAAUAACCAACUGCGAAAUAGGGCUCAUGACGUGGUCUGACCACGCCCCAGUGGAACUGAUACUCAAAAACAAGUACGACCCUACCCAUAGAAGUCCCUGGCGUUUAAAUACGGCGUUACUGCGUGAUAGCAACUUUACUGAGGAACUAAAGGCAAGCUUGACGCAUUAUUUCCAAACCAACGACUCCACAGACACCUCCAGAACCACCUUGUGGCAAGCACACAAAGCGGUCAUAAGGGGUUUGCUCAUACGGAGAGCAUCCUUUUUAAAACAACAGGCCAACUCCCAAUUAAUAAUUGCCCAAAAAAGACCUCCAGCGCCUUACCUCUCAAAAUCAACACACACCCACUAAGGAACUGAGAACACGUAUUGUACAGAUAACAGAACAAAUACACAAACUAUCCCUAGAACAAGUGGGACGACAUUUGACUAGACUUAAAGCUAGGACCUACACACAAGGCAACAAAGCAGGCAAACUCCUAGCACAGAGAAUUAAGACACAGCAGGCGGCCCAAAAGAUAGCAUACAUGACAUCCCCUCAGGGACACAAAAUAGUAGCACCCAAAGACAUCAGUAACGUUUUCGCCAAAUACUAUGAGUCACUGUACAAUCUCAGAAAUUACCGCUCCACCCCUCAACCGAGGGAACCGAAUAUAAGUGAAUUCUUGGAAAAAAUCAAAUUGCCCAAACUCACCUCUGCCCAGCAAGAUUCCCUCUUGGCCCGCAUCACGGAACCUGAAGUGUUCAAAGCCAUAGCCACAUUACAAGCGGAAAAAGCCCCAGGCCCAGAUGGCUUUGCCAAUGGGUAUUACAAAAAAUUCCAACAGAUUUUAGUCCCACACAUAACACACGCAUUUAACGAGGCAGUUGCAAAACGAGCGUUGCCACAAGAAGCUCUGAAAGCCCACAUAAUCACGCUCCCUAAACCAGGUAAACCACCAACGCACCCACAAAACUUUCGGCCGAUUUCGUUACUCAAUACCGAUACAAAACUUUUUGCCAAAAUAUAUGCUACCAGAUUAAGUGACAUACUCCCACAGGUGAUACAUAAUGACCAAGUAGGGUUUGUGAAGGGACGCCAGGGAGGCGACAACACAAGGAAGGUCAUAGACAUUAUACACAGCGCACGCAAACAGCGAAUGGAAUGCUUAGUCAUUUCGUUGGAUGCGGAAAAAGCCUUUGACCGCUUGGGCUGGGGGUUUCUGGAAGCGGUCCUAUGCAAAUUCGGAUUGCCGGAGAUGUUCCGCUCAGCGGUCGGGGCCCUAUACCACAGCCCAUCCGCACAGGUGAUCACAGCGGGUUUCACCUCUGAAACCUUCUGCAUAACUAAUGGAACGAGACAGGGUUGUCCGCUCUCCCCGCUGCUGUACGUACUAGCUCUGGAACCACUGGCGGCACUUAUCAGAGCAAACAAAGCUAUUCAUGGGGUCCAUUUGGGGACAGAGAAUUUAAGAUAAAUCUAUUCGCAGACGACAUCCUAUUAACGUUGACUCAGCCCAUGAUAUCCCUCCCGAACCUAAUGGCGACCAUCAAGGAAUAUGGUCUAAAUUCCUAUUACAAACUAAACGUCACCAAAUCCCAAGCCAUGGGUAUAGGAAUCCGAGAGGACCUUCUGAGACAACUCAGAGACGCCUUCUCUUUUGAUUGGCGGACAGACAACAUCACAUUCUUAGGGAUACACAUACCUCCUCAUCUGCCCAACUUGUUCAAAUUCAACUUUGCCACACUUCCCAAAUCGUUUGCAGAUACUCUGCGAACAUGGGAGGGAAAAUUCCUAUCAUGGCUAGGUAGACUAGCCGCCUUUAAAAUGACCCUACUUCCCAAGCUCCUCUACCUCCUCCGCACAAUUCCCAUACGAAUACCAGGAAAAUACUUAGCCAAGUUACAAACAAUGAUGGUAAGAUUCAUAUGGGCGAACCGUAGAGUACGGGUAGCUACAAAAAUUUUGCAGAAACCAGUGAUGGAGGGGGGUUUGGGGAUGCCGAAUUUACGGACGUAUUACUGGGCCACACAGUUGGCGGCUAUUGCAACUUCACACUCGGGGACGGAACCACCUCAGUGGGUAUACAUAGAGUCUCAAUGGGCCUGCAAACAUGGACUAAAGCACAUAUACUGGACACCUCAUACACCAAACUUGACAUCCACAGAUAUGCUACCCCCAACGAGGGCUAUGCUACAAAUAUGGGAGAAGGCAGGGGCCGCACAAGGGGGAAGAGGUCCUAACAUAGGAAACAUGCCAAUAGAGAGUAUCCAAGCACACAUCCACAACUUCGACCACACACCAUGGCUCGCAGGGGGCUGCACGCACUUACGACAAAUAUGCGAGGGAGGUAAAAUAAUACCAUUCCCGAUAUUGCAGUCUAGGUUUUCUAUACCGGCCAAACACAUUUUUCCCUACCUGCAGUUAAAAUCCUUUGUGUCCGCCCUCCCAAAAUGGGACAACCCUGAAACACAGCCCAAGCACCCCCUGGAACAAUUGUGCUUAACCGAGAAGACUCCCACAAAAAUCAUCUCCAAACUAUAUAUGACCCUGACGAACACACAUGCCAACUCCCAAACGGACUUCAGAAACAAAUGGCAAGCGGACCUGGGGCGCGAGUUAGAAGACAGAGAUUGGAAACUAGCCUUUAGAGCACACAAAAGCCUCACCAUGUGUGCCUCUCACCUAGAAACAAUGAGGAAAAUCUUAUAUAGAUGGUACAUGGUCCCAGACAGACUUGCUACAAUAUAUCCAGGCACCAACCCAAAUUGUUGGAGAAACUGUGGGGAACGGGGUACGAUGUUCCACAUAUGGUGGACCUGUCCAGCUCUGACCCCAUACUGGAAACAAGUGGAGGAAAUUGUGGCCCACACGUUAGAGAACACAUACCACUUGACACCUGAACAAGGCUUACUAUUCAUGAACCUAAAUCACUGGCAAAACCCAGAAAGGCAACUAAUAUUCCAAACUUUAAUAGCAGCAGUGACUCUGAUAGCCAAGUGCUGGAAACAACCCCGACCACCGACCAAACAAGCACUGAUAAGUCAAAUCUCCACGAAUUGGGAAUACGAGCACAUGGCUAGUAAAUAUUUAAGCACGAAUCAUAGAACUAGGGAAGCAUACACUAAAUGGAAGUUAUACAGAACACAGCAUAGUACCACUUGAUACAAAGCGGGACACCGGAAGGGAUCCUCAUACACACAUUUAGGUGAAGAUCUCAGGCCGAACCAAAGCCACCAAAUGAGCACUCCUACAUAUAGCAACAUAGGUGCAGGGAGGGUUGACCACCGAGUGCGACCAAUCCACAUCAGGACAACCACGUCUCCACAAAGCAACUUAUAUAGGGAACACACCUUACUUGAGUGCAGGCUUACGCAAAAAAGUGAAGCUCAGACAUGUUAUGUUAUACUAGUUUAAGUUUAUAACCCUGGUGGUAUAUGUUAUACCACGACCCAUCCACCCCGACACCCCUACCUUCGGUGUUUCACAUUCCGUUGGUAGCCACGCGCAACUCGAGCGCCAUGCCAAGUUAGCCCCUGGAAACAACAAGUCAGCAGCUAAAAGAACUAGAGGGUACAAGGGAAACCCCAUAAUUACAAAGAGAUACAAGUGGGUACCCGAAUAUUACCACUACUCAACUUCUAAACCCCAGGGGUUGUCUCUAAUGGUACUUGUUGUCUAAUGUGUACAUAUAUUGUUAUCAUGCAUGACUACUACACGAUAUUUUCAAUCUAAUCCUCCAAGUGAGGAUGGAGAGCCUGAGGUGCUCACGGUAAUGUAACAAUGUAUGACAACUCCCAUUCCCCCCCCCCCAUCUUCCUUUCUGUAUCCCCCCCCCUUAUUCUUCUCCUUCUGUGAAAAUAAAAAUUGUCAAAUUGGAAAAAAAAAAGAUUAGUUACAUUUAUUACUAUUUGGCAGUCCAGCAGUGCUAGUUGGGGAUUUAUUAUUUGUUCAGUUUUGUGUUUAUUUUAUAUAAAACAUAUACCAAAAGAAAUUGUACAUGUGCUAGAUUUCAGUGUGAUUUAGAGCAGUAAAUAAGUAAAUUAACAUAAAUUCAAACAAUAAAACGUAUAGUAUCCUUGGAAACAAUGUUAAGAUUUGUAUCUAUUCAUAGAUUUACUUGGAUCAAGGGACAGGACAAGUAAGUGGGAAUACUAAGCAAGCAAGAGAUCGGGACUACGAGCAAGCAAGAGAUCGAGACUACGAGCAAGCAAGAGAUCGAGACUACGGGCAAGCAAGAGAUCGAGACUACGAGCAAGCAAGAGAUCGGGACUACGAGCAAGCAAGAGAUCGGGACUACGAGCAAGCAAGAGAUCGGGACUACGAGCAAGCAAGAGAUCGAGACUACGGGCAAGCAAGAGAUCGGAACUACGAGCAAGCAAGAGAUCGAGACUCCUGGCAAGCAAGAGAUCGAGACUACGGGCAAGCAAGAGAUGGGGACUACGAGCAAGCAAGAGAUCGAGACUACUGGCAAGCAAGAGAUCGAGACUACGAGCAAGCAAGAGAUCGGGACUACGAGCAAGCAAGAGAUCGGGACUACGAGCAAGCAAGAGAUCGGGACUACGAGCAAGCAAGAGAUCGGGACUACGAGCAAGCAGGAGAUCGGGACUACGAGCAAGCAGGAGAAAGAAACCCAAAUUUAGUUCACAAUGUCAGGAGUUCAGAGGUAAACAUAGUCUAA